AUGGCCAAGGGCGCGCGCUCCAGCGUUCGCAAGACGAACAACCAGAACCUCAAGGCCAGAGUCUUCGGCCCCGUCGAGACCGCCCGCACCGAGCGCCUGUCGCAGAAGCUGCUCGAGCUCGCUCAGCAGCCCCAACCCCCGAAGAAUGAGAUGGAGGUCGAGAAGGACGAGCCCGAGAACAACGCCGCGCAAGAGAAGGCUCCGGCCGCUCAGGCAGAAGGUUCGUCGAAGUGCUUCACUUGGCCCAUUCCGCCCUCGCUCCUAGCCAGCACCAACCCCACCAAGCAGCACAUGGCUGAGGAGGAGGUCUUCUACCACUUCUUGGGCCUCUCGGGGGACAUCACGGGCUUCACCACGGAAGGCGAUCUGGCUAUGGACGUCGACGGCGCGAAACCUUCCAUGUCUAGCCUGAAGAAGAAGACCGGUCGGGUCCAGAAGAAGAGGCGCGGCAAGGCCACCUCCACCAUUACGUUCAACAAUCUGCGCAAAGGGAAGGCCGCGGGGAAGAAGGGUGGAAAGCGGUAA